GGGAGCCGCCAUUUUGUUUCUGUCACCAGUAGCGGCGCGGGUUUGGUGUAUUGUCGGCGAGGGAAAGCGGCGAAGGAACCGGCGGCUGGGCCGACCGACUAACCGGCAGGCACCAUGAUUUCGGCCGCCCAGCUUUUGGACGAGCUUAUGGGCCGGGAUAGGAACCUGGCCCCCGAUGAGAAGCGCAGCAACGUGCGGUGGGACCACGAAAGUGUUUGUAAAUACUACCUGUGUGGAUUUUGUCCUGCUGAAUUGUUCACCAACACCCGUUCUGACUUAGGCCCCUGUGAAAAAAUUCACGAUGAAAACCUCAGAAAACAGUAUGAGAAGAGUUCUCGGUUCAUGAAAGUAGGCUAUGAAAGAGACUUCCUUCGCUAUUUACAGAGCUUGCUUGCAGAAGUUGAACGUCGAAUUCGAAGAGGCCAUGCCCGCUUAGCAUUAUCCCAGAAUCAGCAGUCUUCAGGUCAAGCAGCAGGACCUACUGGUAAAAAUGAAGAGAAGAUUCAGGUCUUAACUGACAAAAUUGAUGUACUUCUACAACAGAUUGAAGAACUUGGUACUGAAGGAAAGGUGGAAGAAGCUCAAGGCAUGAUGAAACUCGUUGAACAGUUAAAAGAAGAGAGGGAGCUGCUCAGGUCUACAACUUCAACAAUUGAGAGCUUUGCUGCUCAGGAAAAACAAAUGGAAGUUUGUGAAGUUUGUGGAGCCUUUUUAAUCGUCGGAGAUGCACAGUCCAGGGUAGAUGAUCACUUGAUGGGGAAACAGCAUAUGGGCUAUGCUAAAAUAAAGGCUACGGUUGAAGAAUUAAAAGAGAAAUUAAGAAAAAAAACUGAAGAGCCUGAUCGUGAUGAUCGAUUAAAAAAGGAGAAACUAGAACGUGAAGAGCGAGAGAGGGAACGUGAAAGAGAGGAAAGAGAGAGAAAACGGCGGCGUGAGGAAGAAGAAAAGGAAAAAGAGAGAGUACGUGAUAGAGAGAGGCGAAAGAGGAGUCAUUCACGAAGCAGGCAUUCAAGCAGAACCUCUGACAGAAGAGGAAGUCGGUCGAGGGACCAUAAAAGAUCAAGAAGCAAGGAAAGAAGGCGAAGCAGGAGUCGAGAUCGGCGUCGAAGUAGAAGUCAUGAUAGGUCAGACAGAAAACACAGAUCGCGUAGCAGAGACAGAAGGCGGUCGAAGAGCCGAGAUCGGAAAUCUUACAAGCACAGAAGCAAAAGCAGAGACCGAGAACAAGAGAGGAAAUCUAAGGAGAAAGAAAAGAGGGGAUCUGAUGAUAAAAAAAGUAGUGUGAAGUCCAGUAGUCGAGAAAAACAGAGUGAAGACACAAGCAUGGACUCCAAGGAAGGCGAUGCUAAGAAUGAGGUCAAUGGGACCAGUGAAGACAUUAAAUCUGAAGGUGACACUCAGUCCAAUUAAAACUGAUCUGAUAUGACCUCAGAUCAGACAGAGGUAAGUGCAUCAUUUCAAACUUUGAUUAGGGCUUUUUGUUACUGUUUAACAGUUCAGCGUAAGUAUGUACAGAUGAAGACGGAGCUAAGCCAAGUAUGAAGAGAUACUAAAGCACCUUCUGAAGGAAAACACAGUGUAGCCCUGCAAAAUCUUUUGAGGUACAUUGUUUUGUAUCGGCUAUUUUGUAGCAGACUCAUACCCCGCCCCCGUUAGUGUGCCUCUUGGGAACCUAUUUGUAAUAUAGUCACCAUAGAAGUUAAUUAUCCUAUUUUUAUUUUUAGGGGAUUUGUUAUCUUUUUUAAAAAACAACUUGAACUGAUUUUGUAAUUAAGUCCAUAUUGUGUUGGUGCAUCAGAAACUUUUGCUUUAAUAUUUAAUAUUUGAGGCACAUGUUGGACUAUUUUGUUUUUAUAUAAACUGCUAGUAUUUCUUUGUCAAGGAUGUUUCUAGUUUUUUUGCUUUGCCUUGCAUUCUAAUGCAGUUUGUUCUGUAACUCGAGAGCCAGUAGCAUUGGAUUGAUGGAAGUGUAGGGUUUAUGAAUAAUUGCAGCUGACUACCAUACCUCACACAGCGUUGGUGUUGUGAGCGGCCCAUGAAAAGCCAAAUUAAAAAUCAAGGAUUCAGUCAAACUAAGCAGGUACUCAUGCCAGGUACUCCUUUCUCUACCCACAUCCAUGUUUGAAUGCUGUUGCCUGUGAUCUAUAAGCUUACUGUUUUGUGUUUUAUUUACAAAAAGUGACAAAGGAAUCUUUGUACAUAUUUUAUGAAAUAUUGUUAACCUGUAAUUAACUUGAUGGAAUUUUCUUUCGACUGUGUGUAGGGAUGCAGUGCUGCCCAGAAUUAGAUAUUAAGCGUAUUAAAUGCAAUAAAUACUACAUAAUAAUCGCCUUGUUACAUUCAAUGCAUUUCAAGUCUUUAAGAGGUAUGUGUUUAUAAUUUCCUACUCUGUAGGAGAAUUGCCAGGCAGCCAUGGCACACAGCGACCUAUACUGGCUGAUACCAGACUUGGGAGGCAAAUGAAAAUAAAGGCCAAUUCAGAUACACCCAAUAGGUAUAAAUAAAUGGCAAGAAUGUGUACAGCCACAUCACAUAAUUAAAUGGAAUUAAAUCUUAAAUAUAACCACCCAUUCUAUGAUUUUCAGAGUAAUUCCUUAAUAAGGAAUUAACUCAAUUAAAAUUAUCUGCUGAAUUUAUUUCUUUGAAAGAUAAGUAUUAACAUACGUUAUAACUAUCUCCUAAGAGCUGCUAAACAUCUGGAGUGCAGUUCUCUGAGCACUAAUGCUGCACAACUUGCAGCCCUUUCAGUAGCCCUUGCACUUGAUCUCUUUGCAAGCCCUGUUGGACUAAGUGAGGACUUAUCAACAGCUGUGGUUUGUGAAUGAUGGCCUCUAACCGUUAACUAUGACACCUACAGCUCCUGUAGAUUGAUGAAAGAAUUCUUAAGAUUUGAGCGGGCAGCAAACUGAGCCAACAUUUAGGAGUGGCAAACGAGAGUCCUCUAUGUUCCCACUAUCUGACUCUCUUUUCCCAACAUUUUACAUUAUAGGACUACCGUGAGGCAAGUCUGAGAAGAAUCCUGAAGACGGCAUAAUUUGAAGAUCUGCUUUAAAAUGAGGUGAAAGAAAGCUGUAGUGGCAUAGAAAAAAAAAUUAAAAUCCGGUUAGAUUUUUUUUAUAAAAAGUAAUUCAGGACUGUUGUGACCUCUCAGAAUUGCAGAGAGAUGUUAAUAAGCAAACAUGCUACUGAGAAUUUUAAGUCCUUUAUCAUUUUUAUAAGACUUUUAAAGUGAUAAACCAACAUAACCUGAACACAUGGCUUGCUCAGUGUUUAACUGCAAGUUUUCAUUCUUGAACUUUGAAACAAAGGAUAAAUGUUUAGUAUUGUGUGACUCAGACUAAAAUUAAUCCCAUUUUUACAAGGCUACACCUAGCUUCUCAGUAUACCCAAAUGGAGAAAAGUAUCUAUGAAUUUCUGUUACACAUUUGAUUGUCAUUGAGUGUUGAAUAACUAUUAAAGUAGAGUUCUUUCCAAAUAAA